AUGUGGACCCGCACAUUUAUAACUCCACUGGUCUUUACACUUUUUGGACCUACUAUAAGCAGACCAGCUCCUCAAUCCGUGAAACUCCUGCAAACGGAGGGCCAAUCCCCAAGUAACAAUGUCGAGGACAGUGUCGAGGUAAAGAACGCCAUAAUGAAGCAAUACUCCGAAGCCCGCGCAGAUUGCAUAAACGAUGGAAACAUCGGAGAAGAUGAUGCCAAGAAAUUUGAGGAGACACAGAAGGUAACACCUGAAACGCACUGCUAUGCUGGGUGUUUGGGGUACAAGAUGGGCGUUAUCAAAGAAGAGGGAGGGUUCGAUGCUGAGGCGUGGAACGGAUUAGUAUCUCAAAUUGACGAUGCUGAGAAGAGAGAGAGGUUGUUGCGUGUGGGAAAUAUCUCGUCUAAUGCACUUCAUGGGUUGGAUCGGUGUGAGUCUGGCAAUGAGUUGGCUGGGAUUUCACAUGUUUUUAAGGAGUUGAAGGACUACGAGUGA